AGCGGCGGAACGGGAUUGGGAUGGGUGAAGGAGAAUGGACGAUGCACGAGUUGCCCGGCUAACGACGUGGGAUGAGAAAGCAACUGGAAAGAUGACACGUGACGACGAUAUGGGCGUUUUGUGCAGAGAACAAGGCACUAAAACGUAAAAACUCGAUUAGUGCGACGAAACGAGAGAGAAAGAGAAGAUGCCGAGCAGCAGGUUUACAGGGUCUGUAACUACGCCGACCGUGGCUUUGUCAAUCGACACCGGCAGCCCCUUGCUCGAUCACACCCUCGAUGGUUUCUUGAAGAUCGCCGGCGUAGCAGCGACCAGAUCACUUGGAGAGGAUGCCUAUCAUGCCGCCAGAAAAGGAUCUGAAAAUCUUUUUCGGUUUUCUGGGCAGCUGAAGAAGAUGUGCAAGGAAGGUGCUUACUGGGGGACAGUUGCUGGAGUUUACGUGGGGAUGGAAUAUGGGGUGGAGAGGGUCCGAGGAAGAAGAGACUGGAAGAACGCAAUGCUUGGAGGGAUGGCGACAGGGGCGCUGAUGUCUGCCGCCACAAACAAGGGCACAGACAAGGUUGUCACAGAUGCCAUAACUGGAGGCGCCAUUGCCACUGCUGCCAAGUUCCUCAACUAUCUGGUCUAACCUGGGAUCAAGUAGCAAGUUUGCUGCAGAAAACAUAAUGAUUCAUUAGAAGCCAUUAGAGUUUUAUUAUGCAUGUUAUGUUGUGUUGCUGCUUUAAUUGUGCGAAUCAAUGUAUGUCAAGCUUUUCAAGUGGACCAAGAGUGCCAGAGGAGCCUUUCCUGUGUGUUCUUUGCGUCUGCUUCCAGCAAAAAAUGUAUCAGAACUUUUGCCUUGCCAAAUUACUAGUUUUCCCAGUAAUCAUUGAUCCAACUUCUUAUCAUGAUAUGUGGUAUCAAGGAUUGUUUCCCUCAGUUUGAAACCAA